GACACCUAUUACGUCUAAGACACAUUGAACCUAAAGUUAAUUGACUUACGAACUCGCGCGGACAUUACCUUGACAUUAAAAUGAUCAAUCAAAGAGUAUUGCAACAGUAUAUAAGGCUAGAGAAAACCGUAACAGGCAUCAUUUGGCAAUCAUUGCCCAACAGAACCAGGAGCACAGGAAACCAAUCACGCAAUGAGAGCAAUCACGCUGGUGUGUCUGGCAGUAGCCGUGGCGGCUGUGGCGGCGCGGGACCCGCGCUACAAGAGGAACGCGGACCUCGAGGCGGCGGCUUCCCACCACUGGGAGAAGGGCGGCGGCGGUGAGCACCACGGCGACCACCACCACGAGCACGGCGGCGGCGGCGAGAAGGGCUACAAGGGACACCACGAGCACGAACACGGCAAGAAGGGACACUCCCACCACGAGGGCCACAAGGGCCACUACGGCGAACACGGCGGCCACAAGAAGCACCACCACCACGACGACGGCUACCAUGAUGAGCACCACCACGGAGAAAAGGGAGAAAAAGGACACGGCUUUGAAGAAAAGGGACACUAUCACAAGGGACACUCCACCAAAGGCCAUCAUGGUAUACACAAAAUAGACGAGUUCAAGAAGGACAAGCACUUCCACGACAAGCACGGCGAGUCUGGCUUCGAAGAGGGCUACGGCGGUCACCAUCACGAGGGCGGACACGAGAAGGGCGGCCACUUCCACAAGGGACACAAGGAGGGCGGCCACCACGAGCACCACCACGGCAAGAAGGGCCACCACGAGAAGGGAGGACACCACCACGACCACAAGGGACACCACGACGAGGCUGGCCACCACGAGCACUAUGGACACCACGAGGGACACGGCAGCAAGGGCGGACACGAAGACCACAAAGGCUGGGACUGGAAGAAGGGACACAAAUAAGUUACCUAUAAGUACAUAAUUGUUUAAUUGCUCACGCAUUUGUUUUUGUUAAUGUUUUGUGAUACGGAAUGAAAUAAAUUAUUUAAACAUUUUA